AUGAAAAAUAAAGACGCGGAAAGCACCAACGAGGCAUUAUGCGAAAUUUUCAAGAUGUGGGGUUGUCCCCUGAUUAUCCAAAGUGAUAACGGCCCCCCAUUUCAAAGUGAAACAUACAUAAACUACUGGGAGAAUAAAGGUGUUCGUAUUCGCAAAUCUGUACCGCUGUGGCCCCAAUCUAACGGAGCGAUAGAGCGUCAGAAUCAGGGGAUAAUCAAGGCGGUAGCCGCAUCUAGGUUGGAUGGAACAAACUGGAGACGUGCGCUGCAACAGUACGUGCCCAACCAUAAUAACCUGGUUCCUAAUUCUCGGUUUGGAGUAACGCCUUUUGAAUUAUUGACAGGUUGGAAAUUCAGAGGCACUUUCGUCAGUUUAUGGAAACCAACAAGAUUGGACCGCGAAGACGUACGGGAAAAAGACGCGGAAGCUAAACUGAUAACGGAUGCCACCAGAGGAGCAAAAGAAUCAAUAAUACAAGUGGGCGAUACAGUCCUUUUGGAGCAACCACGAAAAUCUGAAAUGGAACCAACAUUUUCCGGGGAGCGCUUCAAAGUGUUGGCUAGAGAGGGAGCAAAAUUGUGGUUCUAA